UAACUCAUGCGAUGUUUUGGUGUCGAUUAUUAAUGCCUUAAGUCGUUUGUACGUCAUCACUGCGCGUCUUUAGUUUACACGUGAACAGGCGCUUGUCUACAUACAAGUGUGUCGAAAACGUUUAACAUGGCACCUAUACAAAAAAACGCGAAAAGUAUUAAAGGAAAACAUUUUAAAAGUAAUUUUGCACAUGUUGGUCCGUCAUACAACGCCAAAGGGAAAAGAAAAUGGGUUCAUGAAAACAAAUUCUUUGACGGGAGCCUAAAAGAGGGUCAGGGAUUUGCGUUGAAAAGAAAGGAGAAAAUAAAGCAGCAAUACAACAAAAUUCUCCGCAAGGAGAAAUGGAAAAUGCAACAUUCAAAAGUGAAGUUACAUGAGGAAUAUCCAGAGCACCUUAAACAUCUUUACUUGGCAGAGAAGGAACGAUUAGAAGAAGAAGAACAAGAGCAAAAGAAUAAGAGAGUGAAAGGAAGAGCAGUGGAUAGUGAAGCAGAAGAGGAGCAGACCUUUACUGUGGGAUCUACUUCUGGGAGAAAUGAUUCAAACACAACACCUGACAUCUCUGCUGAUCAAACUCGUUCAUCUGAAGCAGGGAUCUCAAAACAGUCUGCAAGCUCCCACAAAGCCCAAUUCAUGCAAAGAAAACAGAAGAAUGUCUCAUCAUACCAGAAGACAAAGCAAGAAUAUGAAAGGAUAAAGCAGGAGCGAGAACAAAAAAGAGAGGAUUUCUUAAAGAAUAAAGCUCAGAGGGAAGAAGCAGUGAAAAAAUACAAGGAAAAGAAAAUGGCCACAUAUCAGUUGUUGAAUAAAAAAACCAAGAAGGGUCAGCCUAACCUCAACAUUCAGAUGGAGCUGUUACUGCAGAAGAUUCAAGCUCAGCAGAAAUAAGUAAAUUAUGAUCAGCCCUCCUGAGGUCAGCCAAAGGACACAGCCUCUCGGGUAUGGAGGGCAAAUAAAAACUGAGCCAUUUGGAUGGGUGUACAGUCAUUGCAAACCUCUUUGUCGAUCGUUAGUAUUUGUUGUAAAUAAAACCAAAAAUGAGACAAA